AUGGAGCAGGCUGUGUUUCCACCAAGCUGCUGUCAGCUGUCUCUGAGGAGCAUCCUCUCUGUCCACAACCAGCCGGUGUGUGAGGAGCAGGCCUGGGCGCUCUGCUAUCAGCUCUGCUCGAUGCUCGAGAGGAACUUCAGUCUGGUUGAUGGUCAGAAUUAUGGCUCGUGGAAAAGUUUAAGGCUCCCAGGAUUGGAAGGGAUUUUUAUUUCCCUGGAUGGUAAUGUCUAUCUGAGAAUGGAGCAAGGCAAAGUGGAAACCCAGUUUGUAAUCGAGACCGAGGCUCAGAUGGUAGACUACGUGGGUCGUCUGAUGUACUCGUGCCUGGACUGGGGCCUCGGAGCAGAUGUAGAGCGAGAGCUGGACGAGACGCUGGAGCUGCUGGUGGAUCAGAUGACCGAGGUGGACAUCAGACUGGGUGCUGAACACCGUCUCCAACCCAUAAGCACCAUCUCUGAGGUCCUGCAGGUUUGUGAAGAGCGUCUUUAUAACCCGAGUCAAGCAGCUCAGCAUUACAGGAGUGUGUGUGCUACGCUUUACUCUCACACCGUCGAGCUUUGCAGUUAUCUGCAGAUCAUCCAGCGAACCCAGGAGAGUCUGCAGAAACUGAUCAUGGAAUCGAAGAAUCUGGUACCGAAUAUGACUAUGAACUGGGAGUUCACGUGGAAGCACCUGAUGGAUGAGUUGAGGAGAGGUGUGGUCCUGCGCUCUCCCAGGGACCAACUGAACCCUGGCGUCCCUCUGCCAGUCAAAAUGUCUCCUUUUAAUCAGCUCCUGCAGGACAUCCAGCUCAGACGCUGCACACUGCGCAAAGUGAAGGUGUUGGAGAACGGGUAUAGAGAGCAAGAAGCUGACCCUCAUAAAGCGCUCAUGAUGGAGGUUCUACAAUCAGGACGUAAGAAACUGCGCCCGGUCUCUGAGAGAGAACUUAAACCGAGAGUCCAGAACCUGCAACCCGAGGUCAGUCUACAUGAACAGCUGAUGCAGGAAAUCCGCUCCACUGAUCCAGGGAAGCUCCUGUCCUCGAGUCAAAGGAGACGGCCAUGCAAAGAAACUGUAAUCACAUCUCCGUCUCUCUUGGUGGAUGACGGUGCAUCACCUGCGAAAUCCCUGAUGUCCUUCUCUGAAGAUUCAAAGGAAGACUCGUUCUCCUUUCUGGAUGCAGCUCACAGCUCUGGCCAGGAGGGGGCACCAUGCAGAGAAAUGACAUGUAAAGAUGGCUCUUCAUCUCCGCAAGAGGAUGGUUAUACAGGUUCAUUUAUGAGGAAUCUGAGCUUCACUCCUGCUCUCUCCUCCACACCCUUGAGUCUGUCUGAAGGCUGCAGGCUUUCCCGAGGAAAACGGCGCGCACGAUCGUUGCCCAGCAAUCUGGAGGUCUUCCAGCUUGCACUGAGGAACAAAGUUUCUGUUCCCACAACGAUCACUGAUGUCAUCAAAGAACACUACAGGAAGGAGGGGAAGUCGUCAUGCGACGCGUACGGGAACUGGCGGAUUUGUUCUUGUUGUGCAAAAAGAAGUCUGUAUUUCACCUGGCACAACUUCUGUUCUCUGUGUAGUAGGGUUGUGUGUCCAGAGUGUUGUUUAGAGCUACGUCUACCCUUUAAAUGGUGCAUCAACCUUCCCAUAAGCUUCUUUAAGAAGAUCGUGUUGAAAAAAGAAUCUGAGGAAAGUCAGACGCACUUCUGGAACGAGCGAUGGUCUUGGGAUCCGUCCUGGGUUCCUUUGGUUCUGGCAUCAUCUCGCGUCUCUGGUUCUGUUGCUCCUCACAUUCUGGCUAUGAGAGACUGGCAUAAUCAGGACCUGUGUGUUGGAUGUCAGAGACUUCUUCUGGAGGCAUGUGACUCGCCAGCACCACCUUCCAUGAUUAAAGCUCCUCAAGAGAUAUAAAGGAUGUCUUUCUUUUUCUUCUCCACUGCUUUGGUU